GCUUUCUUCGAAAACAAACUCCGUCUCCUUCUCCUCGCCGCCGUUAAAGCCUCGCGCGAUUUACCUCCUCUCCCAGUUAGGGUUUUCUUAAAGAAGGGAAGUGAAAAGAUGUUCAGAAGAGGACCUUCGAGUAAGAGCGACAACACCAAGUUCUACGAGAUCCUCGGCGUUCCUAAGACCGCGUCGCCCGAAGAUCUCAAGAAGGCUUACAAGAAAGCCGCCAUCAAAAACCAUCCCGACAAGGGUGGAGAUCCUGAGAAGUUUAAGGAGUUAGGUGAGGCUUAUGGAGUUCUUAGUGAUCCAGAGAAGCGUGAGAUCUACGAUCAAUACGGAGAGGAUGGACUCAAGGAUGGAAUGGGUGAACGCAGUGGACACGACCCUUUUGAUAUCUUCUCGUCCUUCUUCGGUGGUGGUGAAAGCCCAUUCGGAGGUGGCAGCAGCCGUGGAAGGAGGCAGAGGCGUGGUGAAGAUGUUGUUCACCCCCUGAGGGUCUCCCUUGAGGAUCUUUAUCUCGGAACGACAAAGAAGCUCUCACUUUCUAGGAAUGCUCUGUGCUCAAAGUGUAACGGAAAGGGUUCAAAGUCUGGAGCUUCAAUGAAAUGUGGUGGGUGUCAAGGAAAGGGAAUGAAGGUCUCGAUCAGGCGGAUCGGACCUGGGAUGGUUCAGCAGAUGCAGCAUGCGUGUCAUGAUUGCAAGGGUACAGGAGAGACCAUCAAUGAUCGUGACAGGUGUCCACAGUGCAAAGGAGAUAAAGUGAUCACCGAGAAGAAGGUGCUUGAAGUAGCUGUUGAAAAGGGAAUGCAACACAGUCAGAAGAUCACAUUCCGUGGACAAGCAGAUGAAGCGCCUGAUACAGUCACUGGAGAUAUAGUGUUCGUCAUUCAGCAGAAGGAGCACCCAAAGUUCAAGAGAAAGGGAGAUGAUCUCUUUGUGGAGCACACUCUUUCUCUAACAGAAGCACUCUGUGGAUUCCAGUUCGUUUUGACGCACUUGGACGCAAGACAGCUUCUCAUCAAAUCCAACCCAGGGGAGGUUGUGAAGCCAGAUUCAUACAGGGCGAUAAGCGACGAGGGGAUGCCCAUGCACCAAAGGUCGUUCAUGAAGGGCAAGCUUUACAUCCACUUCACGGUCGAGUUCCCGGAGUCGCUUAGCCCGAAUCAGACAAAGGCCAUUGAAGCUGUCUUACCAAGGCCGGCAAAGGCAGCUCUGAGCGACAUGGAGAUAGAUGAGUGCGAAGAGACGACGCUGCAUGAUGUGAACAUUGAAGCUGAGAUGAAAAGAAACGCUCAAGCUAAAAGAGAGGCUUAUGAUGACGAUGAUGAAGAAGAAGGCCAAGGCGGUGGUCAUGGCGUUCAAUGUGCUCAGCAGUGAUCGACAUGCACAUUUUAGUGCUAUCCAACAUUUGCGGUUUUUUACUUAAUAUCUUUUUUAUAGACUUUGCCCAAAUUCUUGUUACAAUUUUGUUUUAUUCAUUUUUGAAUAACCUUCUCUAGUUCUUCAGAUUUUGUCCUCUCCACCAGCAAUUUAAUGUGCAAAAUCAACAGGAUUUCACCAACAUAAUUUCUUUCUACAGUUAUUGAAAAUGCUUUAUCUAUC